AUGAAGUUUUACGAAAACCCCCUCCCCCUUCCUCCGACAAACGUCGCGACCCCUCCGCUCCUGCUCGGUCGCCUCGCCACGCGCGAGCCGCUUGCUCCGUCGCCUCGCCACGCACACCGACGAGGGCACCGGCCGCUUGCUCCGUCGCCCCGUCUCGCCGCCGUCUCCAUCGCCUAUCCGACCGCCGGCCGCCUUCUCCCGCUCGUCUCGCUUCUUCUCUUCUUCCUCACCAGGAGCUCAAGAUGGAAGGAGUCCCCUUUUCUUCAAGCUCGCGAUUUGCCGACUCCGGCGACGGCGCUGCCCCGAGCAUCCUCCGGCUCCGGCGAGGCUCCGAUCCGGCGAGGCGACGGUUACGCGGCUCUGCAGCUCGGGCGUGAAUUCGCAUCCAAGAGGAUGGGGUUGAAUCGCACCGUCGUGUUCAGGGGUUCCAAGAACACUGCGACAAGAUUCAAAUUAAUACGAAUGCGCGGAGCAACAAGGUUGGUGAGAUCAAGGAAUGGCCCCUCGGUGAGAUAUGCUGGUAUUUCACCGAUUCGUGGGAGCAAUUCCGUACCAGCGGUAUCAUAGAUGUGAUUGAUGGUUCGAGUUCGGAUCCUGCCAAGCUCCAGGAACCCGGGGCUGGUGUGUGUGCCAUCGCAGGAAGCGGCAGUUGAUGCUGAUCGGGUGUAUUUGGCUGCAAUCGAUAAGUUUGAUGCCAUGUUAUCCAAAAGCAACACUUAUGCUCUAGAAGUGAGUAAAGUUUGACAGAUGUUAUCACCGAGAGAGGGUAAGUUGGCAUGGGAAGAAGAAGAACAUGAAGAAUAUGAAGAAGAAGAAGAAUAUGAAGAAUGUGAAGAAGAAGAAGAAGAAGAAGAAUAUGAAGAAGAAGAAGAAUAAGAAGAAGAGUAUGAAGAAGUAAUGACCUUCUACAUCUUGUAAUGACCAUUAAUGAAGAUAUUAUUUCUCUCAA